AAGAAGGUGUCAAGAUGAUGCAAGUUCAACAAGCGUCGUUAACUCAUCGGCUCCCGGUCCCGAGGAUCCAGAAGAUAUAAUGGCCGACUUUAGAUCUAACGGCCGGGACUUUGAAUACUGCCCUGAGUUAGAAAACGGGGAAAUUCCCGUAGUAAUUAAUCGCCGAAAAAAAAACAACAAGCCACUGCCUACUGAAUGCGCAUUCUGCAAAAAUAACGGCGAGGAAGUUCAAUUUUACAAGCAGCAUAUUUUGAAAGAUUUAAACGGGCGCACUGUCUGCCCAAUUUUGAGGCGUUAUACAUGUCCAAUCUGCGGUGUAAACGGGGACCAAGCUCACACCAUCAAAUACUGCCCUUUGAACAAAAGUCCUGAGCCAAUUCCUCUGACAAACGCGAUGAAAAGGCAAGUCCGCAACUCUGCCGGCAAGACUCGUUCCAAGUAA